AACGCUGCUUUGCCACAAAAGAAGGAGCGAAAAGAGAUGACUGCUAGUGUGCCUUUUACUCUUGCUGGUGUUUGCCGGUUGCGCAUGCGAAGAGCAAAUGAGUCUCUUCGAGAUGAUUGGGCGGCUGAAGCUCCGUGAAGCAUUCAACUUCUCAUUCUGAGCUUUGCUGCUUCAUUACGGACAUCCGGGAGAGAAAAGAGGUCCAAGCAACAAAAGUCACUCCAGUGAAAUAUUCAUUCACGUUCAUCUUCCCGCAAUAAAAGUCCAUAGAAAUAUUAAUUUAUUAUUUGCACAAGACUGUGUUGAUUACAGCGCCUUGAAAUGGAUUGAUGCAUGUUGGACAUGAGCAUCUGUCUUGCAAUGGAAAGUAACAACAGGGCAGGGAUGUAUUCAUCGCUUUAGAGAAAAUAAAAACUUUUAGAAAUGAAAUGUUAUGUUGUGAUGUCGCUCAAUCACAGUCAUUUGAUUGAUGUCAGAAAUGUGCGCAGUCGAGGAGACUGUACGUUGGUGUGUAGAAGGGAAAAAAAUGAAAACGUCUAGUCAUGUUUCACAUCUCUCGGUGGCGGACGGUGUCUGCUUUCAUAAAAAGGUCGAGCACAUGCACGUGUGAGGAAACAGGAUCCACGUGGAGCAAAGACGAGGGAAGACGGCUUGUUAUAUUUUGUCUCAGUUCUUUCUCUUGAAUGCUCACUAUGCUAAUCAUACUGACCAGGAGGCUGCCUUCUCAGUGGAACUAUUGAAUGUACGUAUUCCAGAAAGAUGGAGACAGCUGUGGAGCCUUCUCUGCGAGAUUGCGCUUCGGCGUACGACGAGACGCCAGCUCACCGGGGAAGGACGGCACCCGCCGCUUCCUGCAGCUACGCGCCGCCGCCCAACUACUCGACGGACCUCCGUGACCACGACGACCUCAUCAAGCCCAGGAAACUCCUCAAUCCCGUCAAGUGUUCCCGGAGUCACCAGGAGCUCCACAGAGAACUGAUGACCUGCUGUAAACGAAGCAGCGGGGGCGUGCGCGUCGAGAGCAACAAGCCAGAACUUGAGCGAGUCCUUGAGUGUCGGCGGCGCGAUCGACUGCUGAGGGAACGGAAACUGGAAGAGGAAGCCCGCAGGAAGAUUUCGCCCCUGGAAGCCGAGCUCAGGAAGAGGCACCAAGCGCUGGAAGAGAUGGAGCUGGAGCAGCAAAAGGGCGAGCGUGACAAGCUGAUGGCUCCCGAAUUUGUCAAAGUCAAAGAGAACCUGAGGAGGACGUCGUGUGCUGGCAAAGAGGAGAAGCAAGUCUAGCGUCAGGUCCCCUCACGGGCUCUUGUCGCUCCUGAUGCUGCUGAAGGACACGUAGUGGCAGGUGAAGGAGGGCGGCAGGGGGUUGUGACGUUCCACAAAGACAUCCCUCGGUUUCGGAAAUUGCCGUCAGUAACUGGGCAGUUGGAUGCUCAGCUGGCCGACCUCGUGCGCCGGCCACCUCAGGGCAAAUGUAGUCUGACGGACUGACCCGUUGGCACCUGUCGAGUUUCCUAACUGUUGCUCCAGUGUGAAUAGUUUGGUUUGUUUGAAAAUGACAGACAACCAGAUUUGAAGACGGAAAUCGGCAUCUCAGUCGGGUUGGUAAUCUCUGAAUUCAAAUGGACUCAAUCCAGUACAAGAAAUAGAUCUUAUUUCAAGUAUUGAUAGUAUCCUGCCUGCUUUCGCCUGCUGUCAUUUUGAAUACACUUCAACAGGUCACAAGCAUGUCUGAAGAGUCAAGGACGGAUGGCACUGUUUUCAAGCCUCACUUCCAUAC